AUGAAUUCAUACAAGAACUUGAGUGAUGAGUCUGAUGAUUCUGAUGACGAUUAUAUUAAAAGGAGAAGAAGGGAAAAAUAUGCUAGUGAUGAAGAGGAAAAACCGAUGAGAGAUCAUAAUAAUACUCGUAGGGAGUCUCCAAAUAGACAACCAAGACAACAACAAAAACAUCAUCAACAACCUCCAAAUUCUCCAUCAUCAAAUUACCAAAAGAGAAAAAGAGGUGAUGACGAUCAUGUCGAUUCUCCAUCAAAUGAAUCCUCUCAAAAAAAGAAAAAGACUGACGAUGAUUGGGACUAUGAAUCAGAUCCAAGACAAAAGAUUAUUCAUCAAAUUAUUUCAAUUUGCGAGUUUAAACCAAGUGAUGAAUUAUACGAAAAAUUGAAAGAAGUCUCUACUCGUAUUACUACAGAUCUGGAGGAUGAUUAUCAAACUAAUAUCACUACUAUUUCAGAUAUCCUCAUGCAAUGUGUUGCUGAUUUCCCUGUCAAGUCAUCUUUAUAUGCAAUUGUAAUUGCUCUUAUUAAUAACAAAUUACCAAAAUUUGGAGAGCUUUUGGUUAGUUUAACUGUGGAACAUGUCAUUCAAAGCCAUAAUAACAAUGAUUGGAUUCGUGUUAAAUCACUCCUAAGAUUUAUUUGUGAAUUGAUGCAUUUCAAAGUUGUUGCUGAAUCUGACAUUUAUCAGAUCUUUGAUACAUUUAUUGACUUGUCGGUCAAGAAUGCAGAAACUUUAAUUGGAAUGAAUUACAUGUAUGUCAUAUUAGGAGCUCUUCCUUGGGGUAUUGAGGCAUUCAAAGAAAAUUCUAUUUAUUUAUCCGAUAUUUCAUCCAAACUAACAAAAUACUUUGAAGUAUACAAUCAAAACGAUUUUGGAUUAUAUCAAGUUUACAAAGGUCAAAAAGACUGCUUGGGAGCAAUGUGGGAUCAAUUCAAGUAUUUCCUGUCUAACCAAACAGAAACAAAGGUAAUCAAGAGUUUAUUGAGAGCUCAUAUAAAUGUUACUGAAUCAGAUUUGAGCGAUGGAAGAGCACACAAGCUUGAAAUACCUGCUGGUUCUUUAAAUGAUGUAGCAACUAAGGACACUGAUUUUUCUAAGGGUUAUUUAUUUAAAUCAAGACUAGGACUUUAUGAAUCUAUGAUACCAAACUCACUUCAUUUACUUUCACCAAUUGAUAGAUUAGUAGUGGAGGAGUAUAUAUCAGAUUUUCUUUAUUUCUUUAAUGGAUCUCACAGAGAUUGUGUUAAUCGUUUAUAUAUAUGGGCUGGAGAUCUUGCUACUUUGGCUUUCAAGAAGGAUACCUCAGUUUCCUCUCCAAAGAGCAUGGAAGAAAAAGAACUUGCUAUUUUAAACGAUUUAGAUCCAAGUGGUGAAUAUUUCCAACAUAUGGCUAUGGAUAUUAUUCUAGGUGCUAUGUGUUGUCUUCCUGCUCCACCUGUUAAAAUUCAUUUCUACAAUGUAGUUGUAAUAGGAUUGUGCUUGCAGAAAUGUACUAAGGAUAAUUUUUCAAGAGAAAUUGUCAAAAAGUACAUUAAUUAUGUAUUUGAAAAUAUUGAUGAUUUUGAUGAUGAAUGUUGUAUGCAAAGAUUUACAUCUUUAAUGUCCUAUUAUUUGAGUCAAUUCGAUUGUAAAUGGUCUUGGGAUAAGUGGUCAUUCAUUUUCAAUGAUCCAGAUUCAUCAACCAAUAAGAGAAGGGAGCAAUUUAUAAGAUUGGUACUCCAAAAAACCUUGCAUGUGACUUACAUGAAUAAGGUCAAAAGAUCUAUUAAAGGAUCUUCAAACUUGACAGAAGAUAAGUUUGAUGAUGAUUCUAGAUAUAAUGAGGACGAAGAUUUGACUGAUGUACCUUUUGCUAAAUUCUUACCAUACUCACCAGAUGCUACAUUUAAGUAUACUCCAGAUAGUCCUUAUCACGCUGACGCUACUAAAUUACUUGAUGCAAUCAAGGGUAAGAAGAAGGAUAACACAGAAGUUAUAGAGCUCUUCUCUACUUUAGACUGUAAAGAUGAUAAGAUACUUUUACUGGAUAUUUUCAUUAGUUGUAUUUUAUCUAAUCAAAAGAAUCUUACUGAAUUCAGUGAUUUACUGACAUACUAUAAGGAAGCUAUUUCACAACUCAUGGAUUUUGAUGUUUUACCUCAAAGAGUGAAUAUUAUUAGAUGUCUUUGGAGGUAUUGGCACAAGUCUCCACAAAGAAUUAUUCUUUUAAUGAAGAAGUUACUUCUCCAACAUGACAUCAUUUCCUGUCAGAGCUUGGCAAAUUAUUUGUUUACCGAUAACGAACUAUUGUUUUCAUAUGGUUAUUCAUGGGAUAUUCUUAAAUCAUGUUUGGACACUCAAAUAACUAGAGCUUUAAGAGCUUUCGAAUAUGGUGAUGAUUCCACAAGCACAAGUGAUACAGUACCAAAGAUAAAGAAGGAUAAUCAACCAUCAGAUCAUUUUGAUCUCGAUAAGGCUGUUAAAGGUUUGGAUUCCAUGUUUUUUAAAAUGCUACUUGGAGAAAUACGUGAAACUGUCUACAUUAUUACUAGGCUCUUGACAGAAAAACUUCUCACCUAUGAUAAUGUCAAAAGUUGGGAAUUUAAUCACUUGUACGGAUUAUUGAAAGAAGUUGCAAGACUUUACCAAGUCUAUGUUAAGGAUUUACAGGGUUAUGUGGAGUCAAUUCUUUCAGAAUCAAGCAAUACCAUUGUCAAGGAACACUUGCUUUCACUCUUCAAGGGUUUGAACUUUUUCAAACAUACUAGUGUGUUUGUUCCAGCUGGUUCAAAGGCAACCACCCCAAGAUAUGAGAGAAGAUUUGAUCCAAUUCUUCAAACCAAGAAUUAUACCAUAUUGGAUACUAGACAUUCCAUUCAUGAUUUAUUAAUCCAAGAAAUUCAACGAGUGGAAAAUGAAAUUCCUGUAAUUAUUACCAAAGACCACCCAUUGUGUUCACUUCUCCUUCCUCCACUUUCUGACACAAAGAAACCAGAAACUGUUGAUGAGGAAAUGAAAAAUAACCAAACAACUAGUGGAGAGCAGCAAUAAAUUUGGCGCCAUAUUUUU